AUGUCUGGGACCAAACCACACCGUGACGAGCAUCCGGACUCGGAUCCAGAGGACACAGCAUCAGAGGAGCUGACAGAGGUGGUGUGUCUGGAGUCAGACCUGCAGGAUGGACAGAUGAUGGAGGUGGAGGUGGGUCGCCACAGCGUGCUGCUGACUCGUUGUGAGGGUAAAUACAGCGCCCUCGGGCACCAGUGCACACACUAUGGAGCUCCGCUCAGCAAAGGGGUUCUCUCGGGUCACACGGUGCGCUGCCCGUGGCACGGCGCCUGUUUUAACGCUCACACAGGAGAUCUGGAGGAAUACCCCGGCAUGGACUGUUUACCAUGCCACAAGGUCAAAAUCCAAAACAGUAAAGUUUAUGUGACGGUAAACAAAAAGACUCUGAGGCAGGAGAAAAGAGUGAAGCAAAUGGGAGCUGCAGUACCAGGAAACACUCACACUAUCGUGCUGCUGGGAGGAGGUGCUGCGUCGUUGAUCUGCGCUGAGACGCUGCGGCAGGAAAACUUUGGCGGCAGGAUCAUCAUGGUCUCCAGUGACGAGCUUCUACCUUACGACAAAACACGACUCAGCAAGGUGAUGAACGUGGAGAGCGACACCAUCCUGCUGAGGAGGAUGGAGUUCUACCAGAAGUACGACAUCGAGGUGCGGCUCAGGAGAGAGGCGGUGUCAGUGGACACAGACAACAAGACGGUGUCGUUCAACGACGGUUCAGUGCAGAGUUACGACCAGCUGCUCAUCUCCACAGGCUGCAGAGCGAAGGGACUGGAUGUCCCCGGCAUGAAGCUGGACAACGUCCGGAUGCUGGAGACGCCGGAGGAUGCCCGGCAGAUCCAUGCUGCCUGUCUGGGCUGCAACGUAGUCCUAGUGGGAACCUCAUUUGUCGGUAUGGAAGUUGCAUCUUAUCUGAUAAACAAAGCUCUGAGCAUCACAGUGAUCGGCAGCAGCCAACUGCCGUACCAGAACACUCUGGGUCGGGAAAUCGGCAAAUUCACCAUGAAGAUGCUGUCAGAGAAGAAUGUGAAGUUCUUCAUGAACGAUAAUGUGACGGAGAUCAGAGGUGUGGAGGGGAAGGUAAAGUUUGUCGCUCUGAAAAGUGGGAAAGUCAUUCCAGCUGAUGUUUUGAUUGUUGGGAUCGGCAUCAAACCGAACUCGGAGUUCCUAAAAGGCAGCAAAAUACAGAUGGACUCGAAAAACUUUGUAAUAGUCGACAAGUACAUGCGCACCAACGUCCCCGAUGUGUACUGUGGCGGCGACCUCGCCACCUUCCCCCUGAAGAUGGCCCAAAACCGGCUCGUCAACAUCGGACACUGGCAGAUGGCACAAGCUCACGCAAGGAUAGCAGCUCUGAACAUGCUGAAUAAACCGACUGAACUCAACUCAGUUCCUUUCUACUGGACCGUCCAACUGGGUAAAACCAUCCGAUAUGCAGGCUACGGGGAGGGAUACACUGACAUUGUAUUGAAAGGAAAGUUUGAGGACAGGAAGUUCCUUGCUUUGUACAUCAAGAAUGAUGAGGUCAUAGCGGCGGCAAGUUUAAACUACGACCCGGCGGUGUCUGCAGUAGCUGAGAGGUUUGCAGCAGGAAAAGUCAUCACGAGGGAAGAGGCUGAAUCUGAUGACCUGAGUUGGCUGCAGCUGUCCCGGCCAACACCUUCCGCCACACACAACACCACAUCUGUACCAUGUUGA